AUGGACACGAAAGACCGCAAUAAUGGUGUUCUUCAUGUGGUGAUGUUUCCAUGGCUAGCCAUAGGCCAUAUCAGACCAUUCUUUCAGCUGUCGAAAAGCUUAGCCCGAAAAGGCCAUCUAAUCUCCUUUAUUUCUACUCCUAGAAACCUUCAAAGACUUCCCAAAAUACCUUCAAAUUUGGCCUCGAAAAUCAAUUUAAUAAGCCUUCAGUUGCCUAAAGUUGACAACUUACCAGACCAUGUAGAGUCUUCGAUGGACAUACCCCAUAUCAAAGAACAAUUCUUAAAGAUAGCCUUUGAUCUACUCAAAUCACAAAUAGCUACUUUUCUUGAAAAUUCAAGGCCUAAACCAGAUUGGAUUGUCUAUGACUAUGCCUCUCAUUGGCUACCUCAACUUGCAGCUCAAUAUGGCAUUUCAAGGGCAUACUUUAGUCUCUUUACUGCCGCUUUCAUGGCCUUUCUUGGACCUCCAUCCGUGUUGAUGAGUGGAGAAGAUGGUAGAUCAACGGCUGAGGACUGGGCAAUCCUGCCCACGUGGAUACCAUUUCAAUCUAACAUCGUUUAUCGAGUUUAUGAAAUAAACAGGAACAUGGACAGUAUACCAGGCAACGAAUCCGGUACAUCUGAUGUGAUUCGCUUUGGCAUUGCUAUUGAUGGAAGCGACAUCGCACUGUUCAGAACAUGUGUUGAAUUUGAACCAGAUUGGUUCAAUCUAGUCUGUCAACUUUAUCAGAAACCAGUUAUGCCGGUGGGCUUUUUGCCACCAUCACUUGAAGAUGAAGAUGAUGAAUUUGAAAGUACUGAAGAAUGGCUCAAUAUAAAAGAUUGGUUAGACAAACAGAAGUCACUGGUCUAUGUUGCACUAGGAACUGAAGCCACAUUGAGUAAAGAAGAAGUUCAUGAGUUAGCCUUUGGCUUAGAGCAAUGUGGAUUGCCUUUCUUUUGGGUACUAAGAAAACCCCCAACAUCUGACUUCGAGAUGCUUCCUGAUGGAUACCAAGACAGGGUGAAAGAAAGGGGAAUGGUUUGCAUAAAAUGGGCACCACAGGUUAAGAUACUGUCUCAUCCAGCAGUGGAGGGAUUUCUAACUCACUGCGGUUGGAACUCGGUGAUAGAGGGGCUGUGCUUCGGUCGAGUUCUGAUUCUACUCCCAGUUAUGAAUGAUCAAGGGCUGAAUGCAAGACUUCUACAUGAUAACAACGUGGGACUGGAGAUACCAAGGAAUGAGAAAGAUGGGUCCUUCACCAGAGACUCGGUGGCCGAGUCAGUGAGGUUGGCAGUGGUAAGCGAAGAAGGGCAAACACUGAGGGACAACGCAAAACUAGUGAGUCGACUGUUUAGAGAUUCCGGUGAGAGUAACAACCGGUACAUCAAUUCUGUCAGUAAUUACUUAGUAGAGACAAGGAGAUGUCAACUCAAAAGUUGUCCUGAUGAAUAA